GUCUUCUUUGAGUCUCGGGGCAAUCUGUCCACCCUGAAGCAAUACAUCCGGAGGCAUGUGGACAGGAUGCGUGAGGGUCGCUUCAGCGUGCAGGAUUUCAUUUUCCACCAUGAGGUCAGGCCGCCCGACGAGUACAAGGGUCUUGGGCCAUUGGCAGCCCAGGCUGUCCGACGAAGCGGCGCCUCAUGGCCUUCUCCUGGCGAGAGGUUCUCUUUCGUCGUAGCAGAAGGUCCGCCAGGGUCGAGGCUGGCCGACGUGGCAGUCAUCCCAGGAGAAGUGACUGGUGGACGUCCGGUGCAAGCAGAGGUAGAGGCAGGUCGCACGCCUUUGUACGUGAACAUCGAGUAUUAUCUGGAGCGUCAGAUUGGUCCAGCACUUCAUCGUUUAUUUAUGCUCGUCAGAGGACCAAACGGGCUACAAGGGCAGGUGGACGUCCGCCGUUGGAUCGCGGAAGGACCUCGUCCAAGACGGAGGGAUGUGGCAGCGAGCACCCUGCGCAGUUCCUGCUCAUCUGCCUCGGCUAUGCUCAACAUGGCCGCGGGCUUUACUUGCCAGGCAUGUGGACAAAGAGCAGGCGCCAGGAUUAGCGGCACUGCCGGUCUUUGUGCUGAGUGCCAGCGUGGAGGAGCAGUCCAACGGCUUCUUGAUGGUAUGUCUCAACGGAGCCACUGGGAGAAACGUGUGGAGGGAUGUCGUGAAGUUUGCAUGCGUUGCAGCAAUUCUGCUGCCAUGGAGGAGGAUUGCCGCAACAUCUACUGCAAAGUUUUUUUUCGCAAGGUCAAUGCACAACUGCAGCUGAGCGGCUGCGUCGUCCCGAAGUCCUGGCCGGCUGCAGUAGAUUGGUGA